UAUAUAUAUAUAUCACCAAAAGCCUUUGUAUAACAAUGGCCCACGGCACCUUUGUCACGAGGUAGGCUAGAGAUUUUGGACUUCGUUCACCGCAUGACAUCGCAAUGGAGACGAACUGGGCGAUACCACCACCUACACAGUUCUAAAUUGUGAGAUCCCUUAGUCAAGACAAACAGUCCAACCGAUUGUCCACUGCAUAAACCAAUUUGCAAUUUACAUGAGUUAUUGAUGUUAGGUCGACGAUGGGGUGUAAGGUAAAUGAAUUACAUCAAUGAGAAACUGGAGUGAGUAUCAUUUCGGUUCGACAAGAUGCAUAAGCCCGUGAAGGCAUUAAAUUGCCUAUCGAUGCCUCGGUUUCAUACAAGAAAGAAAUAUGUAUUUUACACGUGCAUUUUAUCGAUGGCAAUGAUCGUGUUUUACUGCUGCCUAAGCGAUGUGUUCAGUACAAAGAGCGUUUUUUCACCACGCGGAAAAAAAUCUUCGAAUGGAAUAUUACAAGCUGUGCUGAAAACGGAUUUGAAUGAAAACACCGCAAAUCCAAACUAUCUCAUCGUUCAUAGGAGAACAAAGACAAAAUGGGCAGAUCACUCUCAAAUUAGAGAAUAUGCAAACAGUUCAGCCAGAAAAACAAAGAGUGUUUGGACAAACGGACACCAAUCUAUGCAUUUCAACGAAAAUAUCACCACUCAAAAGAAAUCAAGAGGGAAAUAUCCAUCUUUUAUUUAUGAACAUGUGGGCGGAUAUAUAGGCAACGCAAGCUCCAUGAAGCCAACUGAUUCACAAAUUUGUGUAGCCAAUAACCACGUCAUGUUUCUGAAAACACAUAAAACAGCAUCAACCACGAUUGCCAACAUUUUGCACAGAUAUGCUUACUCCUCGCAUCUGACUGUAAUGCUUCCAAUAAAGGGUCUUAAAACAUGGACGCCAGCAUGUAAAAACAAAGAGGACUUCGUUAUGCUUAAAAAUUUUACUUUUAUUGGCAAAGUGUCAGAAUCGGAGAAAUACGAUAUUUUUGCCCGGCACUGGAUUUACGAUUCGACAUUCAUAGAAGACAAUAUGCAUAAAGAUACAUUUCGAUUUACCAUACUCCGAGAACCUUUCUUCCGUUUUAGAUCCAGUUUUCAUUAUUUCGGCUUUGCUGACAAAUUCAAAUACACAAAAUACCGGGACCCUAUGUAUGCAUUUUUGCUUGAUCUUAGUCAUCCGCAGCAUCAAAAGAGAAUCCUUCUCAUGCAAAAGAAGUUAAAUAUACGUUAUAUUCCAAAUAGAAUGAUGUAUGAUCUUGGCUUUUACAACUCCGACUACAACCGCACCGGUGACGCCUUUGAAUAUAUAAAACGAAUUGACAAAGAAUUCGACUUGGUGAUCACGACGGAAUAUUUCAAUGCUGGAAUGGUAUUAUUGCGUCGCCGUCUCUGUUGGGAUCUAAAAAGCAUCCUGUACUUGAAACUUAAUGUACAUAAAAAACCUUAUCACCAUUACAAUGCGGCGAGCGUCGAACUGGUAAAAAAGCGGAGUAACUUGGAUUACAUGUUAUAUGACUAUUUUCAUGCAAAGCUAAAAGCUUUACUGGAUAACCAAAGUAGAGAUUUCUAUGAUGAGGUUCGAUACUAUGAAUUAAUUCAGGGUCGUGUAGCAGUUUUUUGUAAAAGCAAAACGCAAGACGCUAUUAAGGUUUCACCUAACAAGUGGACGAAAGGAUUUGAAAUAAACCGAGAAACCUGCGCCAUGAUGAAGAUGAAGACUAAACAUUUUGCUUCUUUGCUAACGGAAAGGUAUUACGCACGUCUGACUAAACAACUUUUAGAUAAUUAGCCUUAUAUCGAACAUAUUUUUCCCAUUUACAUGUGCUUGUUAUAUUGGUCUUUUUGCAGAUCAAUUGAUAGCCCCUAUUAUUUAUUUUUUUCUACAAAAACAGGGAAGUUCAGUUAUGCCUGCAGACGCCAGCGUUUGUAUUAUCUUCAGAAUCACCAGGCUGAAGACCGUGUAUAGAGGAAACUGUUGGUCAUGGUGGCCCUGACCCCCCUCCCCCUCCCCCGAAUCCGGCACUGUGUUAUAUGGUUUAGAGAAAGCGGUGCAGUCCAAAUAUGGGAGUGAAAGGGUGCUGUUCUGCAGGUCACCACGACCAACAGUUUCCUCUCUACACAGUCUUCAGCAAACCUCUCGUGACCUUGACAUUGAUCACUCUGCCUGCCAUCAAAACGUUUAGGGAGCAAUCAGAAACUGUAUCUAUAUAAAUAUUGUAGUCAAAUGUAUGUGUCCAUGUUUUGACUGUACCUUAUUUGUAAAGGUGUAUAUCAAUAAAGAAAUCUACCAGUGUAAGUGGUCACAGAUGAUGGCGCGGGGACACGAUGUCCCCGGAAGUCACCGGGAUGACACAUUACGAAACCUGCUCUGGGUCGCCUGCAGUCACGUUGAGUGUGCUGCAGGCUGCUACAAAGUAAGCACGUGGGAUGUUUUUACUAAUGAUAUAUGAAGUGUUACAGGGACAGAUCCAGGAUUAUUUGAAGGUGGGGUUCGGGUCC